ACUUGAUAAAGUCACAAAGAGAGAGAGAGAGAGAGAGAGAGAGAGAUGGGAAGGAGUCCAUGUUGCUCAAAGGUGGGACUGAACAGAGGAGCAUGGACUCCCUUGGAAGAUAGAAUUCUGACCGCUUAUGUCAAAGCACAUGGAGAAGGCCAAUGGACGAAUCUUCCCAAGAGAGCUGGUCUCAAGAGAUGUGGCAAGAGCUGUAGACUGAGAUGGCUAAACUAUCUAAAACCAGACAUCAAGAGGGGUAACAUAUCCCAUGAUGAAGAAGAACUCAUUAUCAGACUCCAUAAGCUCCUUGGUAACAGAUGGUCGCUGAUCGCGGGUAGACUUCCGGGACGAACGGACAAUGAAAUCAAGAACUAUUGGAACACCACUUUGGCGAAGAAAGCUAUAGCUCAACCACCUCCUUUUCCAUCCCAAGAAUCACCUUCAUCAAAGCCCAAAGCCAAAAGGAUCUUGGCCACCAAUGCCAAUUCCAACAUCGUCGGGCCCUCGAGUUUGCCAUCGCCGCCGGCAAUCACCACCAGACCCCAACCUGUACGAGCAAAGCCGACAUGGUGCACCCUGCUUCUAGCCCAGGAGAAACUACAUGAAAACAGUCCCCUGCUUAAAUCAACGAGUGACAUCCAGGAUUCACAGAUUUGUAAGGCUCGCCGUGAAGAUUUUCCUCUUCAAGGUGCUAGCGAAAUUCGUCUCUGCGACUUUGACCUUGAUGAUCAUUUCCAAGCAGAGAAAGACCAUUUUAUGGGGAAUAUGCUCGAGACUAUCGAUAAUACUGCACCUAGUGGCGAAGGAAUUUUUUUAGAGAGUUGGACGGGGACUGUUUGUACAAAAGAGGACACAUUAGAUCUAGAGUCUACUGCAUUUUUGCUUGAUUUUGAGGAAUGGCCGUGAUGUUGUGUAACAGAGAAUUUAAUUUUGAUUAGGCCUGCCUUUUUAGGUACCUAAAUUAAUCA